AAUUUAGAAAAAGCUUUCUAUUGGUAUCAAGAAGCAGCAGAAAAUGGCAAUAAAAAUGCAAUGAUUAAUUUAGCCAUAUGUUAUUACAAUGGAGAAGGAAUAGAAAAGAAUUUAGAAAAAGUCUUCUAUUGGUAUCAAAUAGCAGCAGAAAAAGGUCAUAUUAAUGCAAUGACAGGUUUAGCCAAAUGUUAUUAUAAUGGAGAAGGAACAGAAAAACAUUUAGAAAAAGCCUUCUAUUGGUAUCAAAAAGCAGCAGAAAAUGGUAAUGAAGUUGCAAUGAAUAAUUUAGCCAUAUGUUAUGAAAAUGGAAAAGGAACAGAAAGAAAUUUAGAAAAAGCAUUUUGUUGGUAUCAAAAAGCAGCAGAAAAUGGUAAUACUGAAGCAAUUUUUAAUUUAGCCAUAUGUUAUAAAGAUGGAAAUGGAACGGAAAAGAAUUUAGAAAAGGCCUUCUAUUGUUAUCAAAAAGCAGUAGAAAAUGGAGAUAAAGAAGCACAAUUUUAUUUGGGUGUUUGUUAUGAAGAAGAAAUUGGUAUUGAAAAAGAUGAAUUUAAAGCCACUUAUUGGUACCAAAAAUCAGCUCAACAAGGAUUUAGCAAUGCAAAAUAUAAACUUGGGUUCUUUUAUAAGAUUGGUAAGGGAGUGAAAGAAGUUUUAAAAAACCCGUUUAAAAAAGUAGAAAAAGGAAGUUUAGGCGCAAAUAAAUGGAUUGAAAAUGCUUUAAAACAUGAAAAAGUUAAACUUAUAUCUUAUAAAGAAUCAAAAAAUGCUGAACCACUUGAUGCAGGAAGUUUUGGAAUAAUAUCAAAAGCAAUUUGGACUAAAACUAAUAAUUAUGUUGUUUGCAAAAAAUUAACUAACACAACUCAUAUUAAGAAUGAUUUGUUAGAUGCAUUUAUUCAUGAACUAAAAAUGCACAUGUACCUUGAUUAUAGUGAAAGAAUUAUACGUUGCUUUGGUAUUAGUUUAGAUCCAAAAACAAAUGAAUAUCUUCUUAUUAUGCAGUAUGCUGAUGGUGGAGAACUUCAAAAUUAUCUCAAAAAUAAUUUUAGGAAUUUGACAUGGAAUGAUAAGAAAAAAUUAGCAUUUCAAAUUGCAGAUGGGUUAAAUUAUUUGCAUUAUGAAAAUAUUUUUCAUAGAGAUCUUGUAAAUUUUGGUAUUUCAAAAAAUCAAAAUAAUCAAACUUCAGCUUAUAUUGGUAAUUUUGGUGUUGUUGCUUAUAUGGGACCAGAACAUCUUAAAAAUCCAGAAUCUUCAUCUCCAUAUACUAAAUCUUCAGACAUCUAUAGCUUUGGUGUAUUAAUGUGGGAAAUUUCCAGUGGUCAUCCUCCAUUUGAACAUUUUGAUGAUAAAUGGGCACUUGCAUAUUCUAUUGUUAAUAAUAAUAAUCGUGAAAAGUUAGUUCCCAAUACUCCUGAAAAAUAUGAGAAACUCUAUACAAAAUGUUGGAGUCAAGAACCUAGAUUAAGACCAACUAUUAAUGAAAUAUUGGAUGAAUUUGAAGGAAUGGAUUUUGGAAAUGAUAUCGGUAAUUUAAUUUCUGAAUCACAAACUAGUACCGAAUCUUUGGAACAACAUCAAUUCAUUUCAAAUUUGAUUG